AUGGCCCUUCAGCCCGGCGCGCCGCCUACACUCUCGCGCCGGAGCUCGUCGUCGUCCAUCGAAGUCGCCUUUGCCACGCCUCCGACGUCACCUGUGCUGCCGCCUUCGGUCACCCGUAUCCCAAAGCCCGUGCACCACACGCCUUCAUCUCACCAUCUUCAGCAGCCUUCUUCCUCCCAUCCCACAGACACUCCUCCUCCUCCACCACCACCACCACCACAGACCGCAGCAGCACCACCAGUCACAACCACCACCACGCCACAGGCCAAACCCCCAGUCGCGAAUGGGACACCGCGCUCGCGAUCAAAGUCGACACCGUCUGCGUCCCGCAUACCUUUCCUGUCGUCUGGGACGCUCUCGACACCAGCUACACGACGCAGCGUUGUCAUUUCUCUCGCAUCGCCAGAGAGCGCCGGGUCCAACUCGUCGACGCCGGCACAGUCGCGCAGCGGACAAGCUACACCCAGGACGCCCAAUGUGAACCUCAACGGCAGCACCCCUCCCUUGGAUACCAUUAACAAGGUCGACCCGUCCCCCAUGGUGUACACGCCUGCGCUCAUGACCCCGUGGUCUGCGCCGGUCGAGACCAACAUGAAGCGGAACAGCCAGUACAUCGAGUCCGGGCCUCCCUCUGCGCCGCCAGAAUCGGCCAACAGCUGGGUUGUCGGCGCCAUUCCAGCAGAGAGCCCGCAAGACAUGUCUCCAAUGACCCCCUUGGACGGCACGUUCCAGACUCUCAAACGCACAACAGAGCCGGAACCUUAG